UGGUGUUAUCGACAAUGAGGAGAACCUCUCCUCCGGCGACCGCUUCUUCUUUUCCCAUCAUCAACGGCGAUCCACCUUCUGCCUUUCCCAUCGACAACGGCGACCCGACCACUUCUUCUUUUCCCAUCGACAACGGCGACCCAAGCAUCUUCCAAACAAAUCGACAACGGCGACCCAAGCAUGCAAUUGUACAAUUCAUUUCCGGCGAGAUUCGCCCACAGCAAAUGGGAGAGUUUGAAGUCGAAAUCAAAACUACUUUCUCGAGAGAGUUUAGAAAAAAUCGAGACUUCCACAUCAGUCUCCACUCUCUGGGAGACAAAGUUGCCUUGUAGUUCAUGGAGAGUUGUGCUCGUGGUGAUUACGGUGAAUCCGUUUCUCCUCCUAAACAGGUACUAGACGGCCAUUUAUGUGUUUAUAAUUGGGAAUUGGAAGAAACUGACUUUAAUCUGCUUGAUAGUGGAUUUUUCGAUUUACGCUAGUCAAUCAAAAGGAUCACUUCUGAUAAAAACUUUGGUCUGUUCAUUAUUUGCUUGUAUUUUAAUGAUCUAUGCAAGUUAAAUGAGCUCAUUGAUAGCGUGGGUGAUAAUUCGAAACGGUGCGUUUUGGUGAGCUUGGCGAAAAAGUAAGCGAUUAGGAUUUCUUAGCUUCUUCGACAAGAUGCUGCCUCCGGCGGCCUCUCCGCCAGGGCACAACAAGGGUACGAUGCAUAAUGAAGAGCUGGCUACCGUUAACAUGAUUGCAGAGGCGAUGGAAGAUUCAGUUGUAAAGAAAACAGAGAAAAGUGGUUCAGUUGGAGAUCUGAGUUCGAGGACACAGAGUGUUACGAAGGGUGUGGAAGCUCCGGCUAAGGGUGGAGCGUGGGUUGCAGCGGUCCAAAACAGGCCGACGAUGCAAAAAUACGAUUUUACGGUGAUGGAAGUUAACGGAGUUGAUACCAUGAAAGUGCCAAUGGAUGUGUUUAGAGACUCUCCACCACUUUGGGAGGAUCUCUUGGUGGGCAAGUUUCUCGACACUGCUCCAUAUGUGGGAAAAGUUCAUGUGUUGGUUAACAAAAUCUGGCCACUAUCAGACAAAACAGUUCGAAUCGAUGUAUAUGUAGUGGACAAAACCACAAUGAAGUUCAGAAUAAGGGAUUCAACAGUGCGAAACAGAGUUCUAAAGUGACGUAUGUGGAACCUAUGUGAUGUUCCUGUGAUCAUUUCGAAAUGGAGUCCUUUUCCAGAAGAGAUGCAAUCUGAGAUGAAGUCUAUACCUUUGUGGGUGGUGGUUAAAAAAGCCCCUCGAUCGAUGCUUGCGUGGAAGGGUUUGUCUUUUCUGACAAGCCCAAUAGGAGAGCCAAAGCAUCUUCAUCCAGAUAUUGAGUUAUGCAGAAGUUUUGAAGAAGCGCGGGUUUUUGUCGAAGUGGAUGUCACGAAGCCCCUCCCUAAAUCUUUCUCUUUCGAGCUUGAUGAUGGGAAGUGCGUUCAGAUAUCCUAUGAAUACCCAUGGCUGCCAGCAAAAUGUACGAACUAUGAAAAAUGGGGACACAAACAGCAUGAAUGUGUUCUACAGAAGGUACAAAGACAGAGUAAUCCAGAAACUCCAAAAGCAGAUGAGACUGAGCGUGUGAACAAAGAAACCGUAGCUGCAGAAAACAAAGGAUCAUCAUUGCCUGUUACUGAAAAAGUGAUAGAAGAUGGUGAAUGGACAACACCAACUAAGACAGUUCGUUCAGCAAGUAAGGUCACAAAAGACUCAAUGUAUGGUGAGGUCAGUAUUCUCGUAAACUCACGUUUCUUGGCUCUGCAGAAUAGAGACGAAGUGGAUAAGGGAUCUGAAAGUGAACAUAUCAACGAAGAGGAAGGAAAGACUGACACUGAACAGCAAACUGAGAACCAAACCCUGCCAGAGGAUUUAAACAAAGAGAAUGAUGUGGAGCAAGCUACCGCACUAUCUCUGAAUACAAACACGUCUGCAUCUGAUGGAGGCCUGGAAACUAACACCAGACAAUCCCGAAGACUAGCUCAGAAAAAAACAUCAACAAACCAAACCAAGAAAGCCUCGGAUCCCAUCCAGGGAAAUCAAAAGUCUGGUCCCCCUCGCCAAAACCUUUAAUGUCUGGAUUUUUCUGGAAUAUUAGAGGAUUCAACAAAAAAAGUAAACACCAAGUUGUAAAGGAAUGGGUUGAUCGUAGCGGUUUUGACUUUGGCUGCCUUCUAGAAACAAAAGUAAAGGAAAGACAUGCAAGUCGAGUAGUGUCAGAAGUGUUUUGGGACUGGUCUUGGAUGGGUAAUUAUGAGCACCAUAGGCUCGGAAGGCUGUGGCUGAUUUGGAAACGUAAUGUGCGAAUCACUCCUAUUUAUAAGUCUGCACAGCUGAUCUCGUGUUCAGUGAUGAGAGAGGUAAGUGAUGAUAUACAGCUAGUCACGUUUUUUUUAUGCUAUGAACACAGUGGAGGAAAGAAAGCAGUUGUGGGAAGAUAUGAAAAGCCACCAUGACUCUGGUUUUUUCAGGGAUAAGCCAUGGAUCAUCUGCGGAGAUUUCAAUGAAAUAUUGGAGGGGGAGGAACACUCCAUGUUCGAGGAUUCUCCCAUGGUGUCGAUGGGGAUGAGAGACUUUCAGGAAGUAGUUGGAUACUGUGAGCUUCUUGAUAUGAGUUAUCAUGGUCCAAGAUAUACAUAUGGACAAACAAGAGAACAACAGGCUUAAUAAGCAAGAAAUUGGAUAGAGUACUGGUAAAUGGAGACUGGAUUACCAACUAUCCUCAAUCCUAUUGCGUCUUCGAAGCCGGAGGAUGCUCGGAUCAUCUUCGAUGCCGCAUACAGCUGAAAGAAGUAGAACCGAGGAAAAAACGUCCAUUCAAGUUCUCAAAUGUUCUUGUUCAAUACCCGAGAUUCAUGGAUCAGGUCCAGUCAAUAUGGGAUCAAACUCAACCCCUUUUCCAUUCUACUUCAGCCAUUUUCAGACUCUCAAAGAAGCUUAAGGCCUUAAAAGCUCCCAUUAGAAAGAUGGGAAAAGAGAUGCUCAGUGACAUUACUCUAAGGACAAAGGAAGCCUACAGCAGACUUUAUGAGCUGCAGACAAUUACGAUGCAGGUCCCAACUGAUCAGGCAAUGGAAGAGGAGAGAACGGCAUACACGAAAUGGAGCCAUCUUGCGGACAUAGAGGAAAAGUAUCUGAGACAAAAGGCGAAGUUGACUUGGUUAAAAGCUGGGGAUCAGAACACUAAAGUGUUCUUCAAUGCAGUCAAGACCCGCAAUCUGAGAAACAAAAUAAGUGAAAUAAAAUGCUCAGAUGGAUCAGUUAUAACGAGCAUGAGGAGAUCAAAGCUGAAGCGAUCAGGUAUUUCAAUGAGUUUCUCAACCACAAUCCCGAGGAUUUCACUAGCUGGACAAUUACUGAGCUGCAGGACAUCAUCAGCUUUAGAUGUAUUGAGGCAGACAAAGAACUCUUAACGCAUGAGGUUACGGAGGAGGAGAUCAGGCGUGUUCUAUUUUCCAUGCCAAAAGAAAAGACACCAGGUCCUGAUGGUUAUACCAUUGAAUUCUUCAAAGAAACUUGGGCAAUCAUUGGAAAGGAUUUGAUCACUGCGAUUCAGUCUUUUUUUCAAAUGGGAUUCUUGCCUAAGGGAGUUAACUCAACUAUUCUAGCUCUGAUUCCAAAAAAGAAAGAGGCUCUCUCCAUGAAAGACUAUAGGCCAAUCAGUUGCUGCAAUGUGCUCUACAAACUCAUCUCAAAGAUCUUGACUAAUAGACUAAAAAUCAUACUUCCCAAGUUCAUAUCUCCAAACCAAUCAGCUUUUGUUAAAAAUAGACUACUGAUGGAAAAUGUGCUUCUUGCUACUGAGUUAGUAAAAGAUUAUCACAAAAAAGACAUCACAGCCAGAUGUGCCAUGAAAAUAGACAUAGAAAAAGCAUUUGAUUCUGUCAAUGGGAGUUUCUACUUAAUACUUUGAGAGCUAUGGACUUCCCUGAGGAGUAUAUACACUGGAUUCGGCUUUGCAUCUCUUCUGCUUCUUUCUCAGUACAAGUCAAUGGAGAAUUGGCAGGGUACUUUGGUAGCUCAAGGGGUUUACGACAAGGAUGUGCACUCUCCCCUUAUCUGUUUGUGAUUUGCAUGAAUGUCUUAUCCAAAAGACUUGACGAAGCUGCUGCAACUAACAGAAUUGGCUAUCAUCCUGCAUGUAAAGACUUGUCUCUGACACAUCUUUGUUUCGCGGAUGAUUUAAUGGUCUUUGUAGAAGGAGAUAAGCGAUCGAUUGAGGGUACUGUUGAGGUGCUCGAGGAAUUUGCAGUGCAUUCAGGUCUUCAUGUGAGUAUUGAGAAAUCCACGCUAUAUAUGGCAGGUGUGCUGGAUGAUGCUCGCGAGGAUAUUCUGAGAGAAUUCCCCUUCUCUCAUGGAGCUUUACCUGUUCGCUACCUUGGUCUUCCCCUACUUACUCGGAGGAUGACAAAGGCAGAUUACUUGCCACUUAUCAAAAACAUCCGAAACAACAUCAAAUCAUGGAUGUUUCGACCCUUGUCCUUUGGAGGUCGGUUACAGCUUCUGAACUCUGUUAUCUUCAGCUUAACCAAUUUCUGGAUGGCAGAUUUUCGCCUGCCAAAAACCUGCAUCACAGAGAUUGAUAAGCUUUGUGCAUCCUUCCUCUGGUCAGGCACGAAGAAAUCAAAAGUUUCAUGGAAAAUGGUCUGUAGUCCCAAAGCAGAAGGAGGUCUGGGCAUAAAAGAUUUGAACUCAGUAAACAAAGUCUGUGUAAUGAAGCUGAUAUGAAGGAUUCUAUCUGCUCAAGACUCGCUGUGGGUAAACUGGGUGCAAAAAUAUUUGAUUCGGAAUGGUUCACUGUGGAGAGUAAGCAACACGACCACUCUGGGAUCCUAGAUAUGGAAGAAGGUUUUAAAAUAUAGAAAUUCUGCAAAAGACCUCUACAGGGUUGAAAUUCAUAAUGGCAAUGGAACCUCCUUUUGGUUUGAUCGGUGGAGCAGUCAAGGCUGUCUUUAUGAUGUUUUUGGUGAAAGAGGAAGUAUUGACUUAGGAAUCCCAAUCCACGCCACCCUUGGCGCAGUCAUGGACAGGAACCGCUGUAGAAGGCAUCGAAAUCCUCUACUGAGACAGGUGGAGGAGGACAUCAAAACAGAGCAAUGUAAGCGCAUUCUUGGGAAGGAAGAUAUUCCUCUUUGGAGGGGCAGAGGAGACAUUUACAGGCAAAAGUUUAGCUCAAAAGAGACUUGGGAAAACAUGAGAAAUCCAAAUGCUAAAUGGGAUCCAUGGCAUAGCAUUUGGUUCUCCUCUGCAACUCCCAAAUUCUCUUUUGUUACUUGGCUGGCGGCAAAAAACAGAUUAUCCACAGGUGACAGAAUGAUCAAGUGGAACAGCAAUGUUAAUCCCAAAUGUGUAUUAUGCGGUGACUUCAUAGAAACCCGGGACCAUUUGUUCUUCGAGUGUACUUAUACACAGACUCUCUGGAAAGCUCUUGCGGCGACAAUCAUGGGAUCAGACUUUACAAUCACAUGGGCCAGUCUCGUCGAGGGAAUGUCCCGUCCUCUUGGUAAAUCGGUCACCUCGUUUAUCACCCGUUAUGUAUUCCAAGCAGCCAUAUAUUCUAUAUGGUGUGAACGAAAUGGUCGAAGACACGGUGAACAACACAACUCUGGCGAAGCUUUAUUCAGGAAGAUUGAUCGCAUUGUGCGUAACAGGUUGAGCACAAUCCAAAACAAGUAUGGCGAUGGACUGCAGGUUUGGUUUGGUGUAAGAGGAGAUCCACAACUCUUCUCUCAAACACAAACUGAUCAAGCUGUUUAAAUUAUAAUUUCAA